CUUUCUCCAUAUAAUAGAGGGAAGCAGGACAGCUUCUAAAAGAGAGAGAGCAGACAACAACUCAUGGUGGUGGACUAACCGUGCAAACCUAAAGUGAACAGCUCAGAAAAUGUGUAAAGGAUUAGCUGCCCUGCCCCAGACAUGUCUGGAAAGGGCUAAGGAGAUCAAGACUAAAUUGGGAACUCUGCUUCAGAAGCCAGAAAAUUCCAUCGACCUUAUUAUCCCCUACCAAGAAAAGCCUGAGAAGAAACCAGAGAAGCUUCAGAAACCCACACCUGAAGAAGCAGCCCAGUGGCGUGAGUCCCUUGAUAAGGUCCUUUCCAACAGCUACGGCCUGGCCACCUUUAAGAGCUUCCUCAGAUCUGAGUUCAGCGAGGAGAAUAUUGAGUUCUGGGAGGCUUGUGAGGACUUCAAGAAGACCAAGUCCCCCCUGAAAAUGGCCGCCAAAGCAAAGAAGAUUUAUGAGGACUUCAUUCAGACUGGUGGGCCCAAAGAGGUAAACAUCGACCACUUCACCAAGGAUGUGACUCUGAGGAACCUGGUGGAUCUUUCUCCCUCCACCUUCGAGCUGGCUCAGAGCCGGAUCUACACCCUGAUGGAGAAAGACUCCUUCGGUCGCUUCCUGCGGUCUGAGCAGUACCAGGAACUCCUCAAGUAAACUGACUCGCCCAGCUGCAGGGAGAAUCAUUCCUUUGGUCAUAGAAAACAAUUUUACUCAAAAUAAAUGUCUUUUUGACACAUUUCUAAACCUCAUUAAACCAUACCACAGUAGGUAUACGUGGAAAACACCUGGCACGGUUGCAAUAUCUCCCUGCAGCUGACUGAAACAGCCCAUUGCUAACAAGACCAUCUUAACAUUUUGUUAAAAUAAUGUGAUUCCUGCCCAGUGCUCUGAAUGUCAAAGUCAAGAACUUCAAUAAAAGAAGUUAACGAUCAGGGUUUGAGAGACAGUACGCAUUGUGAUUUGUCAUUAGCAAGCUUUUAAUUUGUACAAGUGCAAGAAAUUGAAGCGCCUCUUAGAAUUUUGUAUAUAUAUUUCCUAUUAAUUGGAGUCACACUCUUUUGUGACCCCUGUAGAAUAAUAAAGACGAAAACUGAUCCCCACUUGUAAUUUAUGGCUUUUCAGAUAAGUGGUUCAUGUACUUUUGAUGAGGACGUUCUGACCCAAGUUUCUAAAAGCAGCAUGUUCAUCAACGGGAAGAGGCUGGAGGAAUGGGAACGGGAAGAACGCAGGCUUUUUUCUUGGAAACUGCUGUGUUAACAUUAAAAUGCCCAAAUGGUAAACCAAAGGAAAUCAUAGGGAAACAACCCACUUAGUAUUGAAAGCUUCACUAUAAGUCAAUGCUAAAAAAAAGUGUGACAUGUUAGGAUGCACUCCAGUCUCUGGGAACUAGUUGUUUGGGUUACCGCUAUUGAAAGUUGCUAAGAUGGGAAUAUCAAGUAGGAGGGAAUCUCUAAAAAGCACUGGGCACAUUAUUUUUUAUUCUAAAGGCAAUGUUUAUUCUCAUGCCACUUUACAAGCAGAACACAUUUAGAUCAAGUCAUGGAAACCCAAAAACAUCCAAGUGUUUUUUUUUCCGACUUUCUACAGAAGCCAUUUAUCACAAUACUAUAAAUAUAUACACAGUGUUAGACAUAUAAACUAUUAUACUCUAAACAAGAAUGAUUACUGCAAAAUGUUAUUGACGUUAACAUCUAUUAUUUGCCCUUAGCAUGUGCAGCCAGUCCUGAUUUGUUGCAGUCUGAACAGCAUAUCAAAUAUAUGUAACCCACAAGUGUGAUAUUCAGUGCAUGUUUUUUAUUUAAAGUGUGUUUCACAGACACAUAUACUCUUGCAUGUUUCUUUAUUAUACUGUGUGUAGCUAUGUCACUAAAUCUAAUAACAUUUAUUCAAUAUGAGCAGUGGCGGUGCUUCCAGAAGUCCUUACUGAUGUUCCAAAAGCAAUUUAUUAGUUCACUGCAGGACAGGUUUAGUUUAAUAUGGCUAUCAAUGACUGGGCAUCACCAACAUAAACAUUUUUUAAAUUACUAUUUUAAAAUCACCUAAAUUUUUGGGCUAAACAAUGUCAAAUUUUAUCAUAAAUUAAUGUCGUUUUUUUUUUUUUUUUUUUUUUUUUUUGAUGAAAUUGUCAAAUUGUCGGUAAGGACUGACAGAGUACCUUGCUUAUACAAGAAAUCUGCAUAAAACUAUAUCCAUGUAUGUUUGUAGUUGAUCAUAUAAAAUCCAUAAUCACAUUAAAGUUCUGAAGAUUUAUUUA